AGGCUUGAGAAAAGCUUUUGCUUGGAUUUACUGCAUUUGACGUCAUAAAUUGACUGAUUGACUCGAAAAUGAGUUGGGGACGAGGCGCGAUGGCUACUGGUGGCUUCAGGGGUCGUGGAGGCGGCAAUCGCGGUGGUUUUGGUGGCGGCGGUGACAUGGGACAACGCCAAGAUGUAGACUUUCAGUCCGAUGCUGGGUUUGAAAACCGCCAAGGACCACCCUUCAAACGUGCGAGAGCGGAAGAGCCGGAGAAUCGCAUCAUUCUCUUGACGAUCGCUAAGCCGAAUUAUCCUAUUACAGUGACGUUGGAAUCCGCUCGCGAAGCUAAGGAUCAGCUGCAAGGGGCCGAUAUUUACUCAGGUUGCUGCACUUUGUCUAUUGAGUUCGGAAAGCCUCAACGAUUGAACGUAACCAAGAAUGACAGUGAAACGUAUGACUUCACCAAUCCAAACCUACCAAGCUCACACGACGGACGCCAGGACAACAGCGGCUACGGUCAAGCCCAACAGCGAAGGACACUCCUCAAUAAUCCGCAGGGCAACGGCGGGGAUGCCGGAUACAAUGCAGGUGGUGGAGGCGGUGCCGUUGGCGGCGGCGGCCCAGGAUACGGCGGCGGCGGCGGCUACAAUAAUGGAGGGGGUUUCGGCGGAGGUAAAAAGCCCUUUGGACCAGGGGAUGGGAUGGGAGAACAGCAAGGGUAUCGUGGAGGGCCGGGUCAGGGCCCGCAAGGAGGAGGAGGAGGGUUCCCUGGAGGAGCCGGGUAUGGAAUGCCUGAACAAGAUUAUCAGGGUAGGCCUGCGCAGAAUUUCGGACCUGGGCCAAACCAGGGUUUCGGUGGGCCCGGGUUCGGCGGUGGUCCGGGUGGUCCAGGUUACAAUGCUGGCCCGCCUGGAGGUAACUACGGCGGUGGCAUGGGUAUGAAUCAGGGCGGCGAAUACGAUAUGCAAGGAUGGGGUCCAAUGGGUCCUGGGAUGGGUCCCCAACACGGCGCUGUCCUAAUGGUUUACGGCUUGAAUCAAGAAAAAUUCAACGCCGAUAAGGUCUUCAACCUGUUCUGCCUUUACGGUAACGUGAGAAAGGUGAAAUUCUUGAAGACAAAGGACAGCACAGCCAUGGUUGAAAUGGGAGACGCUGAAGCUGCUGCUAAAUGUAUUGAAGUACUUCACAACGUCACUGUCCUGGGAUCGCAGUUGCAGCUACAGCCGUCGAAACAAGAAUUUCUCACCGAAACUGGACGUCCAUUCGACCUCAAUGAUGGCUCCAAAUCCUUCGUGAAUUUUGAAAAUUCAAGGAAUAAUCGAUUCACGAGUCCAGAACAAGCUUCGAAGAACAGACUCGUGGCUCCCACGAAGACCUUGCACUUCUACAACUCGCCGCCGCACAUGUCCGAUGAUGAAGUGAAGAAAAUUUUUUCGGAUGCCGGAGCACCGGAACCAACGGAGGUCAUCAUGUUGGAGACGAGAGCUGCUGAAAGGAGCUCCGCCGGCAAGGUAGUUUUUGCAUCUGCUGAGGACGCCGUUGACGCAUUGACGCUUGCGAAUCACACAGCUCUUCCAAGUCCGAACGGGAAAUCUGUGUACAUCUUCAAGGUGUGCUUCACUGGGCAAGGAGGCAUGCGCGGACCCGGGGGUCCCGGUGGUCCCAUGGGCGGUGGACCUGGCGGACCCCCACGUGGCGGUGGACAAGGUUUCCGCGGAGGACGAGGCGGACGUGGAGGCCCCGGAGGCGGGUUCAACCGUGGCGGCGGUGGUGGGCCCGGAGGUCCCUUCAAGCGCGAAAGAAUAAGUUGUGGAAAAUUCUGGAUGGUCGUUGAAAAGAUUCGCUGUGAUUACGACCUUACGUGCGACGACGCAAACCGGAGAAUUAGUUUCGAUGUUCCUUCUCCGAAAAAUGUCCGGGAACCGUGCGCCGAAUAUUCUGCGCGUAUUUUGCGCAAGUACGAUUUCCCGAUAUUUUUGCAAGAUGCAAUGGAAGAAAACGUGCGAAGAUUCGUUGAGGACACGGAGAAAGCGACGUGUGAAGAUUUCUUUUCCGGGUUCAACGUUGAUGCGUUGCUAAGCCAGUCGUCUGAUAUAGCGAAGAAUUGGGCUUCGUGGUUCAAUGAAGAAACGAAGAGCAAGAAGACGCGGUGUUCCCUUACCGACGAAGAAAUAUUUUCUGAAGCCUAUCACAACCUUCUGCAUUCGGCUCGUUCGGGUUCCGGGGGUUUGGUUCCAAUCCUUCAGAAAGAACGAACCACCGCGACAGACCUGGAUUCUCUCGUCAAAGACCGCGACAGGGACCUCAGCGAAACCAAAGAAAGACACACGGAAGAAAUGGAAACCCUCAUGUACCAACUCGAGCUGGGCUCUGUAACCGUGCCGGAUGUCAAUUCCGCAGCCGAAAAGCAUCACCACGAGUGCGAGUCGGCGGAAAAGGCGUGGAAUACGCAAAUUGCUAGUCUGCAUCAAACCCGACGCGACGAGUUCCGGUCUUGGAUAAUGUCCAUGCAUUUGGAUUCUUACUUAUCUGCGGAUUCUCAGCCGUCUCCCGGGCUGGACGAAGAAGAGUUUGAGAGAUGGAGAGGAACUGAGGGUAGGAAAGGAGGUGCUGGGAAGAAGAAGCAACGGUUUUGGGAGAGUUCUGAGCCGAGUAGCGGAAGAACGAGUGUCAUCACUUCCCCGAGUUCGUCGUCGUUGGUGGAUUUGACUUUGGAAGAGAGUUUUACGAUACAGCUCGGGGCGCAGAUGAAACAUACGCAUAAUUUGCGACUCCUUGCUGCUGGGCCUUUCUCCUUGUGUCGGCAGCAUCGCAUUUUCUCUGAGAAACCGAGCUAUCCGGAUCCGAUAAGGAUGCACACAGCCAUGUCAUUAUAUUCAGAGAAACUCCACGGUGUUGUGAUAUUUGUCGACAAUAGGAUUUCAUCCUUCUCAGGACGCAAGCGAGAAUUCGCGAGUAUCUGCGAAAUCGGACCAGAAUUUCAUUUUGCACCGCUGGAAGAACAACUGGAAAACAUGCGAACAAAGAUUUUGCCUGAAGCCAUGGAUUGGCGCAAAGAACACAACACUGCAGAAUCCUCUUUGCCGACGAACGGCAUGACACAAGGAGAUUUCUACGUAACUACCCAUUCAAACUUGGAACAGGUUCAUGUGGUGUUCCAUCUAGUUGCUGACAGCGAAGUGGUGCUUUCUGCUGAUGCUGUUAGUUCGAGGCAUCCUGUUAUAUUGGGAUUGAGGAAUGUUUUGAAGGCGUGCUCGCUUUCCGACAUCACUACGUUGUCGAUCCCAUUGUUUUUGACGCAUGAAAUGGCGGAGGAAAUGACGAUUUCGUGGUGCGUGAAGAGAGCUGAACUCGUUUUCAAAUGUGUCAAAGGGUUCAUGAUGGAAAUGGCCUCUUGGGGUGGCUCGUUAUUGACCACGUUGCAGUUCGUAGUCCCUGAAGAUGUUUCAGAGAACCUCUUCAACCAACUCACGGCGUUGCUGCCAAGUGUAUUCCGAGUCUCAAAUCCGCUUGUCAUGAAGACCACUGGAAACAAAUGAAAGUCGGACAGCCAGCUGGUUGCUGUCCUUGGUGAUUUAUUUCAAGUGCAAAUAAUUUAUGCUAGCAACGCUAUUUUAUUUAGGUUUUUCUAACCUGUAUGCUUUAUUGAGAAAUAUGACAGAUCAGUGCGUAUUGUUUUGCAAAAAA